CGCCGGGCAAAGCCUUCCGGCGGGGAGAGGCGGCGGGGCCGUGCUGGGCCGGGCCGGCGGGGACAGCGCGGGAGGCGCCAUGGCGCUGCCCGGUGGAAAUAAGGAUAACAUCAGAGCUGGAUGCAAGAAAUGUGGCUACCCUGGUCAUCUGACAUUUGAAUGCCGAAACUUCCUCCGAGUGGAUCCUCAAAGAGAUAUUGUUUUAGAUGUUAGCAGCACUAGCAGUGAAGACAGUGAGGAAGAAGAGCUACAGAGAUUGCAAGCCAUGCGUGAAAAAAAGAAUUUGAAUGAGGAGGAGGAAAAAAAGAAACAAAAAAGAAAAAGCAAAGAAAAACCAAAAUUAAAGAGACCAAGGAAAAGGUCUUCCUCAUCAAGUGCUGCUGAAGAGGAUAGUCCAAAGCCAAAAAAACAAAAAUCACACAAGAAGGAAAGGAAAAAGGAGAAGAAGAAUAAAUCUAAGAAAGGAAAACAUCAUAAAAAGGAAAAGAAGAAGAGACGAAAGGAAAAAAGUUCAUCUUCUGACAGUUCAGACAGUUCUAGUAGUGACUAAUGUGCUGGCCUAUUUUUGCUCUCACUUCUAAAGUGGGAUGAUUUUCCUGUUAAAUCUAACCUAUUUAUGCUUUGCAAUGCUGUUGUUUUAAAAUGAUAUAUAUUUUUUGAAGAAAUCUAUUUGGAAAUGUUAGUGCUUCAAAUUAUUAAAUGAAACAUUUUAAAAAAAAAACUCCUAUUCCCAAUUUAUUAGAAUUCAACCAUGCAAGUUGAACUAGUUUUUCGACUUUGUUCAGUUGUGAUUAGUUGUGUUUUCAAUCCUUUACAUUAGGAUAUAGCACACUUUAAUUUGCAAGUCUUUGUGUCAGAAGAUUUGGAUGUAAAUAUGCUUAAUGUUGGAAUGGUUAAAUCAAAUUUAGAAAUAUUUGAAUGAUUUUUUUUAAUUCCUUAAAUGUAUAUGUUUUGCAUAACAUUUUCUAUUUACAUGUACUAAUUGGUAAAUGCAAAUAUGAAAUAGCAUUCACGUGCAGAAGUGGAGAAGGAAGGGGCAAUGAGAAACUAAAAGUUUGCUCCUUCAAAAUAAGCUGAAAUUGAUCUACUAAUAGAUUUUUGAAAUGUGUGAUUACCACUUUUUUUGACAGGAUCCCUGUGAGCAAAUUGAAAACAAACAAAAGUAAGCAACUAUCAAUUUUGAAGUCCUUUCCUUCUGCCUAGGUUCUGUUCUUUUGCAAUUGCAGCCAUUUUAUCUAUGUGAGAUAGAUUAUGAAAUACCAUUUCUUAACAGUAGAUGACUAUCCAGCAAGAUUGUUUACAAAAUUCUUAGUACUAAAUUAAGACAGUAUGCAGUUGUUGAUAACUACAUGAAUCUAAACAGCAAAUUUGAAGACUAAAUCUGACAAAAAUCUUGAACUCUCUAUUCGUUCUAAUAAAACUCCCAUAGAAACGUUA